AUGAGUCUCAUCUCACCUACACCAUCAUUGAAUGGACUAAUACUUAAGAAAACACCGAGCUUCGUAAUACCUGACGAUUCGAAUGUCAUUGUCAAUGUCGAUUCCGAUACACACCCAAGUCAAGGUGAAACUGAAACUGAAACUGAAAGUGAUACAUUAUUUAAACCAAUGAAGAUGGGUGAUUUGCAACUUGCACAUCGGAUAGUCAUGUGUCCUUUGACAAGACAUCGAGCGAAUGAUGAGGGUGUACACGGGGAGUUGGCAGAGAGGUUUUACGAGCAGAGAGCUUCAGAUGAGGGAUUGAUAAUUAGUGAAAAAACCCCAAGGAAAACAGUUGAAGAGAGAGGGGAUGGAACGGGAUUCAUAGUCGCUGGUGGGUUCACGCCUGGGAGUGCUAGAGCUUUAGUGACUGAAAAGGGAGGUGCCGUGGGUUUUGGAAGGUAUUUCAUCUCAAAUCCGGAUUUACCCUAUAGGCUCAAGAAUGAUUUACCAUUAAGGGAUUGGAAUGAAAGUACGUUCUAUACCAAUGGGGCAGAAGGGUAUAUCGAGUGA